GACACGCCAAAAUUAAAACUAAACAAAGUAAAGGUGACCACUUUGUAGCUCUGGAGAUGGUGAACGUGUAGUAAAUGCGAAGGAGUACAGUGUGCAACACGCGCACACUCAAACAAACAAAUCAUCACAAGUCAAUGUGCCGUUGGCGGUGCUUUGCGUGUGUGUUGUGUUAGUUCAUCCUCUCUCACUCCUUUUUUCUCCUUUUCUAAUCCUUUCACUUCACUCAUCUUUUUUCCCCCUUUUCCCUAUUUUCAUCUUCUUUUGCAUUUUUCUCCGACUCCGUUUCAUGCAUUUUCCCGCUGCUUAAGGACCAUCCUCCAAUACCACGCCGCUUCUUCUUCCUAGGGUUUCUCUGAACCAAUUCCUAUGGCCAUCAGAGGCGUCGAUUUCAAGUGGUACGAUGGCUUUUUCUUGUUCAUGCUCGCCACCAGUGUAGUUAUUGUGGCAAUCAAUUGGAAGCGGUAUCAUUCUUGCACGUAUCCGCUGCAUAUAUGGAUUGUGGUCGACUACACCACUGUGUUUGUUUUCCGGGUAUUGAUGUUUGUUGAUAACGGGCUUUCUGCAGGAAUGGGUUUAGAUUUUGGGUGGCAGCAGAGAUAUGCUCGUUUCUGUGGAAGAGUAGUUGUCCUUUCAAUCCUUGUGUUGCUUCUCUAUCCAUUUCUUUGGGCUUGGACUGUAAUUGGUACCCUGUGGUUCAGCAGUGCCAAGAACUGUUUGCCUGAAGUGGGUAAAAAAUGGGGCUUUCUCAUCUGGUUACUUUUUAGCUACUGUGGACUCUUUUGCAUUGCUUGCAUGUCUCUGGGGAAGUGGUUGACUCGAAGACAAGCACAUUUAUUGCGUGCCCAACAGGGUAUCCCUGUAUCUGAAUACGGGGUUCUGGUUGACAUGAUCCGAGUGCCUGAUUGGGCAUUUGAAGCCGCAGGCCAAGAAACAAGGGGCAUGGGCCAAGAUGCUGCUGCAUAUCAUCCAGGACUUUACCUAACUCCAGCUCAGAGAGAAGCAGUUGAAGCUUUAAUUCUGGAACUACCAAAGUUCAGGUUAAAGGCUGUUCCUACUGAUUGCAGUGAAUGCCCCAUCUGCUUAGAAGAGUUCUAUGUAGGGAAUGAGGUCCGUGGCCUGCCCUGUGCUCACAAUUUUCAUGUUGAAUGCAUUGAUGAGUGGCUUAGGCUCAAUGUGAAAUGUCCUCGGUGCCGUUGCUCAGUUUUCCCAAACCUUGAUCUUAGUGCACUGUCCAGUCUCCGUGCUGAGCCUGAACAAUUUUCUGCCAGUGUUGUGACAACAGCCAGAUAUGUGAGAGGCCAACCAUCUAGUCUAAGUUACCGGCUAAGAUUGCAGGGUCUUCUGUGUCCAGUCCGUGCUGAAAUUGCAGGACCAGUUGGUGACAUAGAUAAUGCGUUGAAAAAUGCUCAGAAUGGCGUUGUAUCAAUUGUGACUCAAAAUGCAUCAUCAUCUGGAGACCAAGCCUCUUCUGUCGAAUGCAUGCCUGUUACUGUCUGUCAUUCCUCUGCACAAAGUUAGGCUACAUUGUUUCUGAAGUCCUAUUAUAUUUCUAACCCAUUCUUGAGAAGGUGAAGAAUGCAUAUCCAUAUCUGGCCCUUGUAAAAACGAUGUUUUGAUCCACAUAAAGAAUUGGGUCAGUUCCUUGUCGGGGCAGCUUGGAGUUGUAGGACUUGGAAAAUCAAAGUAUAAUUUUUGGCUUAACUAACAUAGAUUAGAGCUGCAAAUGUGUAGUUGUCUUUACGUUUAAUAAUAACUUGUAAAGAGAGUUUGAAAUUCCAAUUAUAUAUUGAAUUCUGCUUUUGCCUUUUACCUUCCUACUCGGGGAUAAAAUAUUUUCACACUUUUUUGGCAGCAGGGUGUGUAGGGUUAUACACACAGGCAGUGCUUGUAGGUAUUUUGUAAAAGUCAAUAAAUUGAUUUGUGAUUGAAUGAGUAAAUAAGAUCAUUUUAUUCUGUUA